AUGGUUGGACCGACAGCAACUCUCACUCCCCUCGCCCGUACCGAUGGUUCCGCAUCAUACCAAUGUCCGGCCACCGGCUUCAACAUUCUGAGCUCCGUGAACGCGCCUGUUGAACUUCCCGGUCGUCGCGACGCAUUGAAACCCGAGGAUGCCACUGUCGAGGUGCUCGUGAAACCCGGUACUGCCCCGAACGGUGUCGGUGAGCAAUAUGCGAAGGAAAUCAUCAAGAACCUGCUUGGGAAAUUGGUUCUUGGACGUGAGAGGGGAUUCCCGCGCCGGGGAGUGGUUGUGACAUUGGCGGUGAUUGGUGGUGAGAGCGUUGCUCGAGGAGAUUCGUAUCUGACGAUGCUUCCUGCCCUCCUUCAUGCUUCGCUGCUCGCUCUCCUUUCCGCUGCGGUUCCUUUGUCGAUGACUUUUUCGGCUACUGUGCUGGCCGUCACGAAAUCGGGGGAUAUCAUCUCGGAACCGUCCGUGCAAACUGCCAAGGCCGCCGCAUCGUUGCACGCUCUGGCAUUCUCGUCUAAGGGACAUUUGCUGCUUAACGAAAGCCAAGGGGCCUUUGAUUUCGAUACGUGGGAGCAGGUACACGAGCGCGCGUUGACACUUUGCCGUGGUCAGGCCGGCUCCGAUGAGGAUGUCUCAAUGGCGGAGAACGGAGAUGGACAACCCCUCGAAGGCUUCAUUCGGGAGACUGUGGAGGAUAAGGUCCAUAACGACUAUGCGUGGAAGAUUGACGAGGAUUGA